GAGCGUCUCGUUUCCCUCCGCGAGCCUCCUGGACGGCGUCGAGCAGCGGCGCCGGGCCACGAAGGUCCUGACGGAGAUCCAGUGCCUGGAUUCGCAGGUGACCGACGUCCUGAGGCAGCAGGCCAAGGCUGGAGAUGCAGAGCUGGCCAAGUUUCUGGAAUCGGUGGAGCCACCGCCGCCGCCGGCCGAGCCCCCGCCGCCGCUGCCAGGCAAGGCA